AGUUGUGCUUGUGUGUGUGUGAGACUUCGCAGUUCGCCAGCGUAAUCUCAUCGAUGUUUUCAGUGAUUAUCACUAAUUAUUCAAUUCAUUUACAGGAUAUAAGUGUGCUAACAUGACAUGAGGUAACUGAAUCGUUAAAAAUUUCAGAAACAUCGAUUCUAUCCAGAUUCUAUCAUAUCAGUUGAUUUUGUUGGUUAGUCAAAAUAAUUCUCUCUCACGCAGGGAAGGGAGAUCACCCAACUCACCGUAUCAUAUGCUGCCGGAACUCACGUUCAAUAGUAAAUUAUCCUUACAAGUUUGGAGCUGUCUAGACGCAAAACUUUAAUGCCCUCCUUCUGAUUUACUUGACGAGGCUGCUACAUCCUUCUUACUAUCUCUUCUUAAAGCGAGCAUCUCCGCAGUCAUGAACUCCAGUCCUGUCGCUAAAAGCCAGACGGCCUCGCCUGGUCCACCAGCUCAAGAGUAUUCAAUAAUUGUCCCAAAGAAUCCAAAUAAACAAUAUCAUGUGAUGCGCUACAAUUCAUCAUUCAAUGUAGAUUUUUUGAAAUGGACUCAGGUGAAAAUGGAGCGGGAGAAUAAUCAAAGACAAACAAAUGCUGAUGAAGAAAUGCCGAAGUUUGGAGCAGGCAGUGAAUUUGGUCGGGAGGCUAAAGAGGAAGCUCGCAAGAAGAAAUUUGGCUACGUCAGCCACAAGUAUCGAGCAGAGGACCAACCAUGGAUCUUGAAGUGUGGUGGCAAAAAUGGAAAAAAAUUCAAAGGUGUUAGAGAAGGUGGAGUUGGUGAAAAUGCUGCAUACUAUGUAUUCUCUCACAAUAAUGAUGGUAAAAUAGAAGCAUGUCCUAUUCAAGAGUGGUAUAAUUUUCAGCCUAUCCAGAGGUAUAAAGCACUGUCAGUCGAGGAAGCAGAGCAAGAAUUUGGACGACGAAAUAAAGUUAUUAAUUAUUUCUCCUUGAUGUUGCGAAAAAGACUGCGGAAUGAAGAAGAUGGAGAUUUGGAAGAGGAAGAAGAAAAAAAGAAAACUGGCAAAUCCAAGAAGAAAGAAAAAGAUCUAAAAAUUUCUGAAAUGGAUGAAUGGAUGGACUCCGAUGAAGAUGACUCCGAAUCAGAUAAUGAGAAAAGCGAGGAUGAAGAAGGAAAUGUGGCAAAGAAGAAAAAGAAAAAAAAUGAUGCUAAAAAGAAACAAGCUGCAAAGAAGAAGAAGAAAAAAGGCUCUGAUGAAUCUGCCGUAGAAGAAAGUGAUGAUGGUGAUGAGGAAGGAAGGGAAUUAGAUUAUAUCUCUGAUUCAUCGGAUAGCGAAUCAGAUCAUGAGGCUAAAGUUGACAAAGAGAUGAAAGGAGUUGCAGAAGAAAGUGCCUUGCGAAAGCUUUUAACAUCAGAUGAAGAUGAAUCAGAGGAAGAAGAGGGAAGUGAUAAAGUGAAGAGCGAACCGGAAGAAAAUCCACCUUCAGAAGAUGAUGCUAACACUCCUGGCUCUAGUUUGAAAAAGAAAAAGAAGAAAUUGAAGAAGAAAAGCAGUUUAAACAAUGCUAGCAGCAGCAAGAAAUUAGAUGGCACUGUCAAAGAAGAAGAGUCUUCUAGUGAUUUUAGUCCAGAUAGUUCCGACUCAGAAUUAGAGGCUAAAAGCAAGCUCUUAAUCAAAGAAACAAACAGUGGAAGCAAUUCAAGAUCAGGAAGUCCGUCCCAGCUGAGCCCAGAUUCUAAACGCCUUUCUAAUGAGCCUCUCGCUAAGAAACCAAGAUUAGACAAUUUUGCCAGCGAAAGUGGAAUCACAGAGGAAGCUGUGAGACGUUACUUAAGUCGGAAACCUAUGACAGCCACUGAACUCUUGCAGAAAUUCAAAAAACCGAAGAACAAUUUAACUUCUCAGCAACUAGUAAAUUGUAUGACUCAGAUAUUAAAGCGAAUCAAUCCAAUCAAACAAACUAUAAAAAACAAAAUGUAUCUGUCCUUGAAACCAUCUUAAACACCUGUGUUGAAUGCUAUUAGGUUGAAUUUUCUUCAUAUAUAAGAAUAAAUUUUCUGAACUCCUAA